AUGGACGAGGAGGAUAGUGUUGAACAGGUGAGGAACUUGUGGGAUGGAGAUAGUUUUGAAGAAAGUGCUAAGCUUGAGGUGGUAGACAGGGGUGAGGGCGUAGAGGUGUUGUUUGAGGGAGGUACUUUGCAGGAAAAGCCAGCCUCUUUGGACACAAUUAGGAGCAGGGAAGAUGAUAAGUUGAGCGAGUCAUCUAGACUUCUUAAAUCCGUGGCUUCUUUGGUUUCGGUUUGCUUGGAGGCUGAGGGGAAGGACCCUUGGUGGUUCUUAAGUGUGUACGGUCCUGUAAUCUAUGGUAACAGAGAUAGUUUUUGGGAUGAAUUAGCAGGGCUGAGUGCUAUUUGUGGGGAUAAAUGGUGUGUUGGAGGAGAUUUUAAUGUGGUUAGAAGAGUUGAGGAGAAAUUGAAUAGUAUUUAUAAUACUAGGAGUAUGAAGAUGUUCGAUGCUUUGAUUAGAGAAUUAAAUUUGGUUGAUCCCAAGCUUCAAAAUGGGUGGUACACGUGGUCAAACUAUAGGCAAAAGCCAAUUUGUUGUAGGCUGGAUAAGUUCUUCCAUACUCCCUCUUGGUCAGAAUUUUAUCCCUUCAUUCGUCAGGAAGUUUUGGUUCGAGCAGUAUCUGAUCAUAGUCCGGUGGUGUUGGAUUCUUGUCCACCUUCUAGGGGGCCUUCUCCUUUCAAAUUUGAUAAUACUUGGUUGGAGCACAAGGAUUUUUCUCGUAAUUUACAGGAUUGGUGGGCUUCGGCUAAAGUGCAAGGGUGGUCGGGAUUUAAGUUUAUGUCAAAGCUUGCUUUUGUUCGCGAUUAUAUUAAGAAGUGGAGUCGACAGGUCUUUGGGGAAAGGAAAAUGCGAAAACUAUUACUGGAAAGGAGACUGUUUGAGAUGGAUAGAUUAGAGGAAGGGGGCUCGUGGAAUGAGCAUCUUCUUUUGGAACACUCAAAGGUGAAGGAGGAUUGGCAGCAAAUUGUUUUUGAGGAAGAGAUAAGUGUUUGGUUCAAGGUGAAUUGUCAGUGGGCCAAGGAAGGGGAUGCUAAUUCCAAACUUUUCCAUAGCAUACUUAGUGCUCGAAAAGCGAGGAACUUCAUCUCUAGGAUUGAGGAAGAGGAUGGAAAUGUUUGGGAUAAAGACCCUGAUAUUGAAAAGGCUAUUGUGGGUUUUUAUUCGUCUUUGUAUUCGGCAGUUUCGAGAGAGUGGAUUGGGGUGGAUGGGAUUUCCUGGUCUCCAAUUCCUUCGGUCAUGGCUUCUUUCCUUGAGCGUCCAUUUUCGGAAGACGAAAUUAGACAAGCGGUUUUUGCGUGUGAUGGCUCUAAGGCCCCGGGGCCAGAUGGAUUUUCCAUGGCAGUGUAUCAGAAGAAUUGGGAUGUUAUGAAAAAUGAUCUGCUGGACGUCUUUCAUGGUUUUUUCAAGGAUGGUGUCAUUCAUGGAAGGACCAAUGAAACCUUCAUUUGGCUUAUUCCUAAGAAAUUAAACAGCUGUCGGGUUAGGGACUAUAAGCCUAUUAGUCUGCGGAAGUUUUGGGCAGAAUGGUUGAUAAGGCUAAAAUCGGCUUUUAGAGGUUUCUCUGUGGGAAAAGAUAGAGUCGACGUCAGCCACCUUCAGUUUGCAGAUGAUACGAUCUUCUUUGCAAAUGAUGAGGAGUCCUUGUUGUUGCUUUUGGAUAUUCUUAAGGUAUUCGGUGUUGUGUUUGGGUUAUCUAUCAAUUUGCAGAAAUGUCAGCUGUUGGGAAUUAAUAUGCAGACGGAGUUGGUAGAUCGGAAAGCUAGUGAGAUUGGUUGUGAAAGUGCUUUUCUGUCUAGAGGUGGUAGGUUGACUCUUAUUCAAUCUGUUUUGUCUUCACUCCUAGUGUACUACUUGUCGCUUUUUCGUAUUCCUAAGAAUGUGGUGGAGGUUAUUGAGAAAUUGAUGUGUGACUUUUUGUGGGAAGGUGCGGACAAGUCAGGGGCUGAUCACUUGGUUUCCUGGAACGAAGUCUGUAAUUCUCGUAGUCACGGGGGCUUGAGGAUUGGGAAUUUGGUAUUGAGGAAUAAGGCUUUUCUCAUGAAGUGGUUGUGGCGGUUUCCCUUGGAAACAUUGUCUUUGUGGCAUAGGGUGGUCAAAAGUAGGUAUGGUGAUAAUGGUGGUCGCUGGGAUACAUAUUGUGGGGAUAGAUUGUUUGCUCGUGGUCCUUGGAGAGACAUCACUUUUCUGUAUGAGGAUUAUAGGCAUUUGGUUUACUUCAAAGUGGGAAGGGGCGACAGGAUUUGUUUUUGGGAGGAUACGUGGUUUGGUGACUGUUCCUUGAAGUCGAAAUUCAAUGAUUUAUUCAGGGUGUCCGAGGCUGCAAAUUUUUUGAUCAAAGAUAUGGUAGUGGCGGAGGAUCGUAGUAGAUCAGGUGGACUAGGUUGGGACUUCAGAUUUAGAAGGAAUUUAUUUGAUAGGGAGGUUCCUACCUUGAUUGAGAUGUUAGUUUUACUUAAGGUUGUGGAUCUUCCGGCUAUUUUGGAGGAUAAAAGGAUCUGGAAACCAGACAGUAGCGAUGUUUUCAGCUGCAAGAUGACCUUUCACAGUUUGGCCUAUGCUCAUUUAGGCCCAGAGUUUUCAUGGGCGAAGAGGUUAUGGAAGAGUGGUGUUCCUUCUAAAGUUAAAGUGUUUGGGUGGUUAUUAUUUUUAGACAAGUUAAGUGUCCAUGUUAAAGGGAGGAAAAAGGAUGGCGCGUUUAUGGUAGAGUACCGUCCUGGAAACUUUUUAGGUUAUUUGGUUGGAGAGGAAUAG